GCGGGCGGCUGGGAUGGCGGCUCCGCGCCGGCCGAGCGGCGGGGGGCUGCGGCGGGCCCCCCAGGACGGGCGGCUGGAGGAGAUCAACAAGGAAUUUCUCUGUGACCCAAAGUUCAGUGAUGAAGAAGAUCUGGAGGAGAAGUUGGCAGUGUUCAAAGAGAAGUACAUGGAGUUUGACCUGAACAACCAAGGCGAGAUUGAUUUGAUGUCAGUCAAAAGGAUGAUGGAGAAGAUGGGUGCUCCAAAGACCCACCUAGAACUCAAGAAGAUGAUCUCUGAGGUGACCGGAGGGGUUAGUGAGACCAUCUCUUACCAGGACUUUGUCAACGUGAUGCUUGGGAAACGCUCUGCUGUGCUUAAACUGGUCAUGAUGUUUGAAGGAAAAGCCAAUGAAAGCAAUCCAAGACCUUCUGGUCCACCUCCUGAGAGAGACAUAGCCAGCCUCCCUUGAAGAGGACAGGCUGAAGAAUUGGCACUGUUUGCUUUGGUCUGUAACAGAGGUUACUUGUGCUUUGUUACUCUUUGCUGUGGACAGUCCUAGUUUUCAACUAACCUGCCUUAGAGGAUCAGCAAGGGAAGCUGGAGACCCCCCAGCUCACGUCUUUCUGCUGCAUCUCUUAGCCAACCUGAUUUGUUAGAAGCUGUAGCACCAAGUGUAACGUGAGACCCCUCAAAAAGAAAAAAAAAAUAAUCCUGUGAUCUCAGUCUUUGCCCUUCCUGCAUUUCUCCAACAAGGAGCUACUUUCUUCCCUCCCCUGUAGGGGUUCAGAGCUGUGCUUGUCAUGGCAGGUCCCUAAGGGGCUUUCCUGCCAGGCAUCAAGUGCUUCUCUGGCAAAGCCCCCAACAGCAGCUUCAUGGGUGCUAAGAAAGAAGUGCCUUCUCUGCUGCAUCCUGUGCUUCCUGGCUGUGGACGAGUCCUUCCCCUCCUGACCUUAGCAAAACACAAGCUGGGCUCCCGCUGCUGCAGCCUGGGGUGAAUGUGGGCAGGGGCACGGACAGAGGGGUCUGCCUGCAGGGAGGUGGGCAUGGCUGCUGCCAGGAGAGCUUCUCUCUGCUCUGUGGGUCCGUCCUGCACUCGGAUCCCAGUGGAGGAUGAUGGAAGCUACCUUUGGGGCCCCCUUCCUGGUAAAUCUCUGCUUGGAUCCGAUCAGGAGCGCAGCCUCCGAGCAGGUGGCUGUGUGUCCUGCCCAUCCAGUGCAGAAACAAGCUGCUGUUGGGCCUUUGCAGCCCCUCAGGAAGGCUUGGGGAGGGGGGAAAUUAAACCCCCAGGUGAAAGGAAGCUGAGUGACUAAACCCUGGGCCCUGCCAGAGCAGCUGCAGGUGAGGAUCUGUCCCCGCAGAGCAGCUGCUCCAUCCCUCUGGUUUUUGCAGACCUCCCUCCCUGUGCUUCAGCUGGGUCUCCUGGGGUUCGUUUGUACCUUUUCCUGAAGGAUCAGCCCUUGAGUCUGCAAAACAGGAAUGGCUGCAAGCCUGGAGUGGGAGCUGGGACUGAGCUGCCCACACGCUGGUGGCUGCAGUGGCUCUGCCUCUCGACACACUUUCUGGAAUUCAGGCAUUUGCUCUUUUGCCCUUUCCUCACUCUUUUCUUAAAUGUUUUUAACUAUUUUUUUUAAUCAUGGUUUAAUGAUUUUUUUUUUAAAGAAGGAAAUGCAGACGAUUAACUCUUGUUAGGCUGAUUGUUCCUGCCAAAGGCUGCACUUUUAAAUAAAUAAAACCCAACACGUUCUCACUACUGUUUGCAUGAAAACCAAAACUGUAAUGGAGAAGAAUAUUCUGAGCAAAAGCAGUACUAGUCUACUUCAAGGACUGAAAAUAAAUCUUCUGAAGCUACA